AUGGACAUGAUUGAAAAUUUGAUGUUACUUUUGAUGGUUGUAUAUGUGGUUUUAUGUCCUUAUACCAAAGUAGAAGAGAGCUUCAAUCUUCAGGCUAUGCAUGAUAUCAUUUAUCAUCAACAAAAUAUCUCUCAGUAUGAUCAUUUAGAAUUCCCAGGAGUUGUUCCUCGCUCAUUUAUUGGACCACUCUUCAUAGCUAUGAUAUCUGCACCUUUUGCAUUAUUUGCUAACUUUCUGAAACUGAAUAAGCUAUUCAUGCAGCAUGUAGUUCGAUACUGCUUGGGGCUCUAUGUAUUAUGGUCAUUCCGCAAGUUCCAAGAAGCUGUUCGCAAGCGGUUUGGUUCUAACACCAAAUUCUGGCUAUAUUUGCUUACAAUGACCCAAUUUCAUUUUGUAUUCUAUAUGACUCGACCUCUCCCCAACAUAAUGGCCCUUGGGCUCGUAUUAUUAGCAUUGCAAUCAUGGUUAUUUGGAAGACAUAAAUCGUUUCUAUGGUUUGCUGGAACUGCAAUUAUUAUAUUUCGCUCUGAUGUCAGCUUGCUGCUUGGAAUUUACCUGCUCAUGGAUCUUGUCACACGUAGACUUAGUCUUAAAAAUGCUGUUGCUAUAAUUAUUUUUGCUGGUGGCAUUAUUUUAGAUUUUCUUCAGAUACAGUUUUUCAAAGCUCAAUGUCGACAGAACUUUCAGAUCAAGGGGAAUAUGUGCAACUGUAUUGAUAGAUUCUUUCUUUUGGCAACGUUGGCUCUGGCCUGA